CUUUCCACUGUGUUUAUGAUUGCACUUGAGACAUCCAUCUGAGAAAUGAAAUCAUGUUUUUGACAACCUUUUUUGGUCUAAGGCUAGUUUUGAUUGGCCUUUGUCGGUGUCAAGUUGAAUGCUUAAACCAAGGUAUACCUCAGUUGAAAGCAAAUCCAUAUCAGUCCAUUCUUUCAGGUCAAGGUCAGAGCAUCUGCUGCAAGUAUUAUAUUGAUGAGUAGCAUGGACGGCAUGGAGCCUCAGAGCCCCAGCCAGGGCUGGGAUGACCCCAUGUCUCCCCCCCCACAUGACACAGGCACUCCAAGCUCCCGUGAUUCCCUCAGCAGAGACAACCCCUCCAGCCCCCCCAACCCAGGGAGUCCGAGGGGUCCCACAAGCCCCGAUGGGCCUAUGAGCCCUGAUGAAGAAGAGGAGGAGGGCCCCAUGAGCCCUGAUGGCCCAGCCAGUCCUGACAACUCGGCCAGUCCCGAGGGCCCCAUGAGCCCUGACAACCCUGCCAGCCCCAUGAGUCCUGAGAACACAGCAGGCCCCUUGAGUCCAGAUAAUCCAGCAAGUCCAGAAGGCUCGGACUACCCAAUGAGUCCAAGCAAUUCACGAGAAUUGAGUCCGAAGCGCCCCCACAGUCCUGAGGGUCCAGCCAGCCCUGACGACCCUGCCAGCCCAGACCCCCAGGAGAGCUCUCGCGAGGGAGGCCCCCGAACACCCCAGAGUCCAGGCAGUCCUCGGGGCCCCAGAAGCCCUGGUGACCAGUCCAGCCUGGAGAGCCCUGAUAGCCCAGACAACUUUGCCAGUUCGCCCGUCCCAUCCAACCCCAAGUCGCCCCCAGAGGCAGGAGAGGAUGACGACGACGACGAGGAAGGCCAGGCAGACAGACUCUCUGAAAUCUCGGAAGGAGAUUCUGCGCUGAAUGGAGAAGAGGAGGAUGGCAGUGAUGGCGAAAGUGCCCAAGCAAGGGAUGAUAGGCCUGGUGGGGGGCAGAACCGCAAUGGCAGCGAGAGGGACCUGGAUGAAGGUGGGCGGGCCUCCAAGCGACGCAGUGAUGAGGGUCUUGGUCUCAAGGAUGAGUUAGACUUCGAGGCCGAGAGAGAGAGUGGGGAAGAGGAUGGGGAGGAGGGAGAAGAAGGAGAAGAUGGAGAGAAAAAGAAGAAAUGUGACCCUGAAAACCGCGAAGAAGGAGAGCUGUCGGAUGAAGAUGAAGACGAUUCCCUCUUGCGACAAGAACCCAAGACUGUCUGCAGAUUCUUCAACAAGGGCCAGUGCACUUGGGGCACUAACUGCCGCUUCCUCCACCCCGGUGUGUCUGACAAGGGCAACUACAACAUGUUCGCACCAGCCAAGCCACAGAACUCCAACGACAAAGAAGAGGACAGUUCAGAGAGAGAGCGGCAGCCAAGAGAAGUCCGGAGAUUUAUUCCUGAACCUUCGCCAUUUGAGUCAGCUUGGGAACGGGGACUGCGGUAUGCCAAAGAGAUGAAGCGAGCCAAUAAACGCAAGGAGACAGACGCAGAUUUCGAGGAGAAACGCUUCAACCUGAGCUUGGGUCAGGCAGAACUUGAUCGAGAAAACGACUACUACACCCGACCUGCAUCACCUGUCUACAAGCCGGACGAGGUCAUUGACCAGUACCUUGACCCCUUCGAGAAGCAGGCCAUACGCCACUUCAGAGGAGGUCACUUUGAGAACUUUGAGGUCCGAUACCAUGUUGACCCCAGCUACAACAACAUGAGGGGCCAGGAGAGGUCACGCAGGGAGAAGUAUGAACGGGAAGUGUCGGAGAGAGUUCAACGCAGACCUAGAACAGCUUCAGGAGGUGAUGAAAGGUACGUCCGAAGUCGAGUGUGGCAGGAUGAUCGCUACAUGGAGGUGAUGUCAUCAGGAGGGGGCACGCGAGGAGAGGCCGAGGCGUGGGCCGACCCCUGGGCCAGGCGUAAGACUCCCCCUCGUUCCUCAAGAAAAAAGAAAACUUCACGUACCAGAAGCUAUUCAUCAGGCUCAUCUUCACAUUCCUCAUCAAGGAGUUCCCGGUCUUCAUCUUACAGUAGUCGCAGAAGCAGCAGAAGUGGAAGCAAAAGCAGUCGCACAAGUCUGCCCAGCAGGAGCAGCAGAUCACGUUCCUCCUCACACUCUCCAUCUCCAGGCCGGCGGAGGGGUAACCAUAGGCUGGCUCCAGGUGAGGGCAGUAGAGAGGGAGAAGGCUCCAGGGCUAGUGAUAAGUCUGGCAUGAGACAGCUCCCAGUGGGAGGGAGGGGAGGAGGGAGACCUCCCAUGGGCCCCACUGGACCCCACAACAGACCACCUUCUCCCCGAAGAGCAGAACCCAGGGACCCCAGGCCACCCAUACCCAGGAGACCCAAAGAAAGACCAGACGUGGCAGACAGGGCGCUUGCACCUCGCAGACCUGAACCCAGACCUAACAAGACGGACCCCAAAGAGAGACCGCUGCCUCCACUACCACAGCGACAAGAACCUAAAUCUUCUGCGAUCGCUGCUAGGGAGAGACCUCAGCCUCCUCCUCCGCUGCAGCGACAGGAGCCUAAGCCUUCAAAGAUGCCGCCAAGGGAGAGAGUCGACAGGUUUGGCCGCAUCCGGAAGGACAGCAACCAGAGUUACUCCAGAUCUCGGUCAAGAUCAGGCUCGCGGCCAAGAGGAAGACCGGGAAGAACAUUCUCAUCCAGUCGCUCCAGGUCUCGUUCGGGCUCUCGAUCCAGCUCAGCCUCAUCAAGGUCUGUCUCGAGAGGGCGCUCCAUUUCGAGGUCAAGGUCACGUUCAAGGUCCAGCUUCUCUCGCAGUAGCUCCGCUUCCAGUGUGGGGAGCAGGCGAAGAGGAGAGAAGAGGAGGAUGACCCAAGGGACAGUGUCGUACGGCCAGGCCAAGAGCAAGGCCAUGGACCCCAUGAAGCUCUCAGGACAAAAGCAGCAGAUCAAACUGACGCUAAAGGGGUCGGCCAUGAGACGCCUGGAUAAGCCAGUGCUGCCACAGGAAGAUGACAGCGGCGAGUCAGACACGGACGGGAAAGUCAUCCGCAAGCGCAAGCCCGAAAGCCCACCCCCAGACCCCCCCCCACAGAAGGUCGUGGUACGGAGCCCCCCAGCCCCCAUGCCGGCUGCCCCCCCCCAGGCGAAGAAGCCCCAAGCCAAUCGAAGGGAGGAACUACUCAAACAGCUCCGUGCGGUUGAAGAUGCAAUUGCUCGGAAAAGAACAAAAUUGCCAACCUAGUAUUUUUAGGUACAUGUUAAUUAUCAUGUAAGGUAAGCAGAAAUAAGACCUUAUUUAUAGUGCGUGACUUGGAGCGAGUGCAGUGCUCCAGGCGAGAGGCUGAGGGGAGAGCAGCACAAGGAAGGGGCUUCACUCCAGGCUGCCCUGGCUGACCGGAAGCCCAGCUCAAGGCACCAGACUCUGCAAUCUGUGCUCAGGGAAGCAGAACAGGGGCAGGGCGGCCGUCGAGUGCCUGCAUCAUCAUUGGCUGGCCCAGAUAGCUUUUCCCUUGCCCCCCUCCCUACCCCCUUUGCUCUCUCCCCUUCCUCCCUGCUCUUAUGCACUUGGAGUGGAACUUGUGGCUGAAUGAUAGAGGAGCAGCUCAGCCCAGAGAAGAAAAGUAUGAGGAAGAGGUGACAGUUUUGUUGCAUAAUCUGUGGAAACGGUGGAAUGAAAAGAAAGAAAAUGGACAGUAAUUACACUUCAGUGGCAGAGAAGUGACAGCUAUAGCAAUCUGUGUCUUUGGAAAGUGAAGUGAAUUGCAGAUGCAUGCCAAGCAGAUUUUUUUCUAUUCUUAUCUUUUCUUUUGUUUCCCAACAAUUUGUAUAUGUGAUUUUUUAUUUUUGUUUCUAAUUUAUACCAUUUCCAAUUAGGGAGCCGGGAGUUGAUAUCUUUUUCAAGGUUUAUACAACUUCUACAUUCUCGCUCAUGUUGUGUUCCCCCAUGUAUAUAAGUAGGCCUAGCCAUAAAGACUGGAACAUUUA